AUGACGGAACCAAGCAACGGUUCUUCCUCACCACGGGCAUUCAAACGAAGACGGAUACAGCCGAAUAGCGACUCGUUCCAACGCCGCAGCUCCACGGCCUCCUCUUCUUUCAGCAACAGCAGCAGCAGCAGCAGCAGCAGCAGCAGCAGCGACAGCUUACCCACACCAUCCACCUCAUGCUCGCCUGCUCCGACCUCACCCCCGCAACCGGCCCGUCUGAAGCGCUUUCUCUCAUGGUGUCAAUCGCAAGGCAUUCAUAUCGAGCCUGCUCUUGACCUCCGCUAUUCAGGCGACGCGGUUUCAUGGUGCAUCUCGAUCCACGCCCUUACCUCUAUCCCUGACGAUAGCGUCGUAGCUACCAUCCCCAAGACGGCCAUCCUCUCACGCAAGACAUCUGCGCUCUCGUCCGUACUCAAAGGUAAAUGGCUGAGCGAAUCACACGAGACCGUCGGGCUCGAGCUGGCGCUCUGUCUGCUGUACGAGCGGUGCCUUGGUUCACAGUCGCGGUUUGAACCGUUUCUCGCAAUCCUUCCGCGCCUGCCCGUUCCGCUUCCCUUCCUUCGAACCGCCGCCGCGCAAGAUGAUUCCAGAUGGCGAUGGAUCACAGCCACAGAAACAGACCGGAUCGAUCACCGCGCCUCGCUCUCCUACCAACUCUCUUCCUCUUCCGCCGCCGAUUUGUGGCCGUACGAUCACGACUAUGGCAUGUGCAAGCAAAAGGCACUCGAUUAUUUUUACACCACUGGCAUCCCCAUCUUGUCGCGCAGCAAGCUCUUCGAUAGGACGCAAAGGCAGCAUCUGGAUGCGCUGGAACAUGCGUUCUUGACAGCGUACACCCAUGUGUCGUCGAGGGACUUCAUUAUCGAUACGUACCACGGAGUCGGGCUGGUACCCCUGGCGGAUCUGUUCAACCAUGCAGAGGUGCACACGGUGCAGUUUGAGUCGGAUCAGGAUGUGUGCGAGUUCUGUGGCGUGGCGUUCUUGACGGGCCACGAAGAGGAGGAGUGUCGAUUCGGGGCUGAGACGGAGGGAAAGGAGGACAAGGAGGAGGAGGAGGAGGAGGAGGAGAGUGCGGAGGAUGAAGACGACGACGACGACGACGCAGAUCGAGAGGGUGCUGUCGAGGAGGAUGCUAACGAACCAACAUCGAACAGCUCCUCAGUUGGAGAAGACGAACAAGACGAGGAAGAUGAAAGCAGGCUCGAGCUGGACGACACGCUCGACAUGCGCACGCUCACCUCCUUCUCCGCCGGUCAAGAGAUGUACAACACAUACGGCGCGCUCAGCAACGCCCUCUUACUCACAAGAUACGGCUUCUGUCUCGACACCGAGACCGACUUUGAGCGGUUCACACUUGACCCCCGGGUCCCCGCAGAAAGACAUACUUUCUUCCAAGCGUUCACGUCGCACCCUUUGACGGGGUUCAAACGGAUCGCGGAUGUCGCGGCUGCGUUCGACAAUGUGCUCUCGUUGAUCUCCGAACGCUUCCCGCGCACUUUCGACGACGCCAACGGUGGUGAUGGUGAAGAAGAAGGAGAGGAAGAUGAAGUUCCAAAGGCAGUCUCAGUGGAGAGCACAGCGAUCGACGCACUUCACCAGCUGGAUCAGCUCUUACCCUCCAAGCCCGAAUACCUCACUUCGGCAUUCUGCCCGCUCUUCAGCCCCUCUCCCGACCUCGACGAAGAUCUGGUCGACAGAGACAUCAUCCAUCCGCUCUUCGCCUCCUCCACCGGUCGUACCAGCGUCCCGCUCUUCCUGCUCACCUUACUAGUCCACCACUACCGGACCUCCUCGUCGCUGGACCUCAAACCCUCACAUGUGCAACUGAGCAGCAAAACGGUGCAAACAACCCUACGCACUCUGCACGCAUUCUGGACUUCACGUCUGGACGCACUCUACAUCACGUCUCGAGUGGAACAGGCGCUGCAGCGUCUCGAAAGCUCCCGCGUCGAGUACGCAGAGAAGGCAUGCAUCCACCACGCCUACCAGGAGCACGUCGCUCUGCAAGCGGCCGUCUCGACCCUCGACGACCUCCUCACCUCCUCGUCCUCGUCCUCCGCCUAA